AUGGCUGAAAGCGUGUUGCCUCCUCCUACGAAGUUCAAUAUCGAAGCCGCAGAUGCAUACAUAGAAUGGAAAGCUUGGAUAGAGUCUUUUAACAUCUAUGCUGUAGCGGUCGAGCUCGAAAAAAAGUCGGAUGGUGUCCAAACAGCGAUAAUGCUGCAUUGCCUAGGGCCGGCGAUGCAAAGAAUAUUUAGAACAUUGCCCGGCAAGAAAGAAAGUUUUAAAGAGGCAGUUGAAGCUCUUGAAGGCUAUUUCGCGCCGAGAAGAAACGUCGUUGCUGAAAGACACAAGUUUCGCAGUCGAAAACAAAAUGCUGAUGAGACAAUCGACGCGUAUCUAACGUCGUUAAGGGAAUUGGUAAAAACGUGUGAAUUCGGGGCGCUCGAAGACGAAAUGCUAAGGGAUCAAAUCGUAGAAAAAUGCUAUUCAAAACAACUAAGAGAAAGACUCUUAGCUCAGGAAGAACUAGACCUGGCUAAGACCCUCAGAAUAGCAAGAAGUAGCGAAAGCGCCAUAAAAGAAGCACGACUCCUUUCUGGUCAUAAAACAAAAGACAACAUCAUUAACAUUGACCGCCUGAAUAACCCUGACAAGCGAAAUAGGAAUUACAAUAGUGAAAAUUUCAAGUGCUAUAGGUGUGGCGGCGUGGGCCACAAGCCAGCAGAUUGUCGAGCCAUAAGUAUGAAAUGUAAUAACUGUCAAAGGUUAGGACAUUUUGCUCGCGUAUGUCGCUCGAAGGGUGUAUCUCGAAAGCCGUAUGAAUCUCAAAAGACUUCGAGUAAAAAGACGAAAGCGCAUAGAAACGUCCGUGCAAUUCGACGCAAAGAUUCAGAUAGUAAUGAAUCGUGUAUUGAAAGCGAAUCCGAAGACGAACAGAUUCUGUUCAUGGAAGGGCAAGACAGUCCUGUCCAGAUUACAAUCAAUGGUCGCAAGAUAAAGAUGGUCGCCGACACCGGUUGUAGGCAGAACAUUAUUUCUUCCCAGUUGUAUACAGAGCAAUUCAAAGAACACCCACUCGAAAGCACAACCAAACAGUUUGUGGCAUAUGGUCAGAAGGUACCGCUAACCUGCCUUGGUCGAUUUAAAGCCAGUUUGAAAGCAGGUAUGACUAUUCAUAGCUUUGUGUACGUAAUUAAAGGCCAAGCCGAGUCGCUGCUCGGGAGAAAAAGCUGUUUUGACUUGGGAAUAUUCAAACAAGUCAAAUUUGUGAAGCAGACUAACUCUAACUCUAAGAAGAUUAAUGACCCAAGAUUGAACUCAUUAGUUAAUGAAUAUAAUGACUUGUUUCACGGGUUAGGUCAAAUUACAAAUUAUUCGCAUAAAAUUAAAUUAGAUCCAAAUGUUAAACCAGUAAGCCAACGUCUGCGAAGAAUUUCCCUUAGUCAAAUAGAGCAGGUUAAUGAUGAAAUUGAUAAAAUGUUGAAGGAUGACGUCAUUGAAGAGGUACCCGAACCAAGCCCUUGGGUUUCUAAUCUUGUAGUGGUGCCUAAGGCAUCAGGAGGUUUAAGGGUUUGCUGCGACUUUAGAGAGUUAAAUAAAGCUAUUGUAAGGGAACGAUAUGUCCUUCCCAAAGUAGAAGACACUUUGGAUGCCCUAAAUGGCUCAAAAUAUUUUGCAAAAAUUGAUGCAAGAAGCGGAUUUUCCCAAUUAACGCUGUCAGAGGAAUGUAGAUAUUUGACAACGUUUAUAACAAACAAAGGCUGUUUCCGUUUCAAGCGUGUUCCGUUUGGGUUAAGCGAUAUCAGCGAAACCUUCCAAAAAGUCAUGGAAGAAAUUUUGUUCGGCCUAAAAGGGGUAGAAAUCUCGGUAGAUGACGUCAUCGUUCAUGCAGUAACGAUAGAUCAAUUAAUAAGUAGGCUGCACGAGGUAUUUGAAAGGUGUAGGGAACGUAACUUAAAGUUAAACCCCAAAAAGUGCGAGUUUGGGCUUACCCAAAUACCGGUGUUGGGUCAUGUCGUGUCAGCCAAAGGUAUUCAACCAGACCCGAUUAAAACAAAAGCAAUUCAAGAGGCCCCUCCCCCUGCCAACGUUGCAGAAUUGAGAUCAUUUUUAGGCGUUUGUGGGUAUGUAUCGAAGUUUAUACCGAAUUACGCCGAGCUGGUUGAACCCCUUAGGCGGCUGACAAGGCAAGGCACUAACUGGACAUGGGAUAGUGAGCAAGUAGAGUCGUUUGAGGAGUUGAAACAUGCACUUUCUAACGAACCAGUGUUGGCUUGUUUUAAGUUAGAUGGUCCCACUGUUCUUGUGACAGAUGCUAGUCCAGUAGGACUAGGUGGGGUUCUGUUACAGGAGCAAACAACAGGUGAGCUAAAGCCUGUCGCAUAUAUAAGUCGAUCUCUGACACCUACUGAAGCGCGAUAUUCGCAGAUUGAACGAGAGGCACUGGCAUGUGUUUGGGUGGCUGAAAGAUUUCAUAAUUAUGUUUUUGGUACUGAAUUUACCUUGCUCACUGACAACAAACCAUUAGUCAGUUUGCUUUCUUUAGAUUGUAAAAAGAUGUUGCCCCCACGGAUUCAACGUUUGGCGUGGAGGUUGCAUCAAUAUAAGUAUAAGAUAAAACAUAUUGAAGGUAAAAUGAAUAUUGCCAACUCUUUCUCAAGGUUGCCUUUAAAUGAAUUAGAUGAAACUAGUUCGGGUAACAUUGUGGAUGAGUAUGUCAAAUUUGUGGUUGAAAAUGAUGUGCCUGACAAUUGUGCGUUGUCGUUAUCAGAGGUGAAAGAGGAAACGACAAAAGAUAAAAUUUUGACUAAAAUUAUGAAUUUGGUUCACGUGGGUGCAUGGCCAGCUGAUGCUGAUAUUAAACCUUUUGAAAAGUUUCGGGAAGAGUUUUCGGUUUUCGAAGGUAUUUUAUUGCGCGGAAAUCGUAUUGUCGUUCCAACUUCUCUUAAGAAGCGGAUUUUGAAACUUGCUCAUGAAAGUCAUGUUGGUAUAGUGCGAACCAAGCAGUUGUUAAGGUCAAAAUUUUUUUGGAUAGGUAUGGAUAGGGAUAUCGAGUCUACGAUUAAAGACUGCCCAGCAUGCGCUGCAAGUAGACCGUUAAAUAAUAAUACACCCUUGCAGCCAGUGCAGUUACCCAAAGCGGCGUGGUUAAAAGGUGCAGUUGAUAUCGUAGGUCCGAUAGAUAAUAAGUACUUAGUAACCUAUAUCGACUAUUACUCUUCCUUUCCUGAAGUGGCCAUUACCCGAGACAUAACCUCAAAAAGUACUGUUAAAAUUUUGAUGAAUAUAUUUGCUAGGCAUGGUUAUCCUGAGGAAAUUGUCUCAGAUAACGGACCACAAUUUAUCAGUCAGGAAUUUAGGCGUUUCUUGAGCUCUAAAGGAAUUAAGCAUGUACGUAGUUCGCCUUAUUUCCCAAGAAGUAACGGGAAAAUCGAACGGUUUCACAGGUAUUUGAAAAAGAAUUUCCAAGCUGUUACUCUUGAGGGUAGAUCCUGGGAGGAGGAGCUCCCUAAAAUUUUGAUGUCGUACAGGAGUAUUCCUCAUCCCAUGACAGGAAAAACUCCGGCAAGUUUGCUUUUUCAUAGGGAGAUACGUACAAAGCUUCCGUCAGUUAAGUUGAAUGUUGAUGUGAGCUCAAGCAAUGUAGAGGGAGAUGCACGAUCGUAUCAAAAGCGAAUGAAGUCUUAUCACGAUCGUAAACAACGUGCAAAAGCGCACUCGUUUGUGGUUGGUGAUAUGGUGUAUCUUGCUAGGAGUAAGUGUGAUAGUAAUAGUAAGCUGAAGUCUAAAUUUGACAAUAUUAAGUAUGUGAUUAUAGACUUUGUAGGAAGAGAUACUUGCAAGGUAGUUAAUACAUUAGACGGGAAAACAUAUAUUAGAAAUGUAAAGUUUCUGACUCGUGCUCCGAUUGCGGAACGGGCAUUAAUAUUCGAUGACAUGUUAGAUAAUAAAGAGGUUAAACCUAAAUCUAACACUGGGGUAGAAACAGAUAAUUCUGAAAAAGAUACUGUAAUAAGAACGAGAUCAGGACGUGUAUCAAAGUCCACAAGAUCUAAGGACUUUGUCUAUUAUUGA